UCUCUCCGGGAGAGACACGCGUGGGCCGCUCCCCUCUGGGAGGAGGGCUGCCCAGAGGGGUGCGCGUGUCGCUAGUGGCCCCUCCCCGUGCGGGGCCACGUGGCGGUGCGGGCCGAGCCCAAGGGGAAGAACCUGGCCCUUGGGGAGGUGGGGGGACCGAAACGGCGCUGAGCGGAGAGCUACGGGGUUCGGAGCAGAGGCGGCGGCGGCGGCGGCAGCGCAGCAAGAGGGAGAAGUGGGGAGGCAGGCGGGCGCAUGGGGCGCCCCGGCCCCUCCGGCAGCGCGCCCCCUCCGGCCCGGCCGCGCUGAAAGCCCCCCAGCGCCGCGCCUCGAACCCACGCCACGGGGCCAUGCCGGUCAUGAAGGGGUUGCUGGCCCCGCAAAACACCUUCCUGGACACCAUCGCCACCCGUUUUGACGGAACGCACAGUAACUUCCUGCUGGCCAACGCACAGGGCCCACGGGGCUUUCCCAUUGUCUACUGCUCCGACGGCUUCUGCGAGCUCACGGGCUACGGUCGCACCGAGGUCAUGCAGAAGACCUGCAGCUGCCGUUUCCUCUAUGGCCCAGAGACCAGUGAGCCCGCCCUGCAGCGUCUGCAGAAAGCCCUGGAGGGCCAGCAGGAGCACCGUGCUGAAAUCUGCUUCUACCGCAAGGAUGGCUCAGCCUUUUGGUGCCUCCUGGACAUGAUGCCCAUCAAGAAUGAAAUGAGGGAGGUUGUGCUGUUCCUCUUUUCCUUCAAGGAUAUCACUCAGAGUGGAAGCCCAGGACUUGGCCCCCGAGGAGGCCGCGGGGACAGUAAUCAUGAAAUCUCCCUUGGUAGAAGGGGAGCCAGCUCGAAAUUUCGGUCCGCCAGAAGACAGAGCCGUACUGUCCUACACCGACUGACUGGCCACUUCAGCCGCCGGGGCCAGGGAGGCAUGAAGUCCAAUAACAACGUGUUUGAACCAAAGCCAUCAGUGCCCGAGUACAAGGUGGCCUCCGUGGGGGGGUCUCGCUGCCUCCUCCUCCACUACAGCGUCCCCAAGGCCAUCUGGGACGGCCUUAUCCUCCUUGCCACCUUCUAUGUUGCGGUCACCGUCCCCUACAACGUCUGUUUCUCGGGUGAUGACGACACCCCCAUCACUUCGCGACACACCCUUGUCAGCGACAUCGCCGUGGAGAUGCUCUUCAUCCUGGAUAUCAUCCUGAAUUUCCGCACCACCUAUGUGUCCCAGUCCGGCCAGGUGAUCUCUGCUCCUCGUUCCAUUGGCCUCCACUACCUGGCCACCUGGUUCUUCAUCGACCUCAUUGCUGCUCUGCCCUUUGACCUGCUUUACAUCUUCAACAUCACAGUGACCUCGCUGGUGCACCUGCUGAAGACGGUGCGGCUGCUGCGCCUGCUACGGCUGCUGCAGAAGCUGGAGCGGUACUCUCAGUGCAGCGCGGUGGUGCUCACGCUGCUCAUGUCGGUCUUUGCGCUCCUUGCCCACUGGAUGGCCUGCAUCUGGUAUGUCAUCGGGCGCCGGGAGAUGGAGGCCAAUGACCCGCUGCUCUGGGACAUUGGCUGGUUGCAUGAGCUGGGCAAGCGUCUGGAGGUGCCCUACGUCAAUGGCUCAGUGGGCGGCCCAUCAAGGCGCAGCGCCUACAUCGCGGCACUGUACUUCACUCUAAGUAGCCUCACCAGCGUGGGCUUUGGCAACGUGUGCGCCAACACCGAUGCCGAGAAGAUCUUUUCCAUCUGCACGAUGCUCAUAGGCGCCCUGAUGCACGCCGUGGUGUUCGGGAACGUGACAGCCAUCAUCCAGCGCAUGUACUCGCGCCGCUCACUCUACCACAGCCGCAUGAAGGACCUCAAGGACUUCAUCCGUGUGCACCGCCUGCCAAGACCACUCAAACAGCGCAUGCUCGAGUACUUCCAGACCACGUGGGCCGUCAACAGCGGCAUCGACGCCAACGAGGUAUUACUGCGUGACUUCCCAGACGAGCUGAGAGCUGACAUUGCUAUGCACCUGAAUCGGGAGAUCCUGCAGCUGCCGCUGUUUGGAGCGGCCAGCAGGGGCUGCCUGCGGGCCCUAUCGCUGCACAUCAAGACCUCGUUCUGUGCUCCGGGCGAGUACCUGUUGCGCCGUGGGGAUGCCCUGCAGGCACACUAUUAUGUCUGCUCCGGCUCACUUGAGGUGCUCCGAGACAACAUGGUGCUGGCCAUCCUGGGGAAGGGGGACCUGAUUGGAGCAGAUAUCCCUGAGCCGGGGCAGGAGCCUGGGUCGGGAGCAGACCCAAGCUUCGUGCUGAAGACCAGUGCUGAUGUGAAAGCUCUGACCUACUGCGGCCUGCAGCAGCUGAGCAGCCAAGGGCUGGCUGAGGUCCUGAGGCUCUAUCCUGAGUACGGGGCUGCCUUCCGGGCUGGCCUGCCCCGGGACCUCACCUUCAACCUGCGCCAGGGCUCUGACACCAGUGGCCUCGGCCGCUUUUCCCGAUCCCCUCGCCUCUCCCAGCCCCGCUCAGAAAGCCUUGGCUCCUCCUCAGACAAGACGCUGCCAUCCAUCACGGAGGCCGAGAGUGGCACGGAGCCUGGGGGUGGUCCCAGGCCCCGACGGCCCCUCCUGCUGCCCAACCUCAGCCCAGCACGGCCUCGGGGCUCCCUGGUCAGCCUUUUGGGCGAGGAGCUGCCCCCAUUCUCGGCCCUUGUCUCCUCUCCUUCCUUAUCGACAUCCCCGUCCCCUGCCCUGGCUGGCCAGGGCCACAGCCCCUCCCCUCACGGCCCCCCCAGGUGCUCUGCUGCCUGGAAGCCCCCUCAGCUUCUCAUUCCCCCACUGGGAACCUUUGGACCUCCGGACCUCAGUCCCCGGAUAGUGGAUGGCAUUGAGGACUCUGGCAGCACAGCUGAGGCCCCUUCAUUCCGGUUCAGCAGGAGGCCUGAGCUGCCAAGGCCCCGCUCCCAGGCGCCCCCUACAGGAACCAGGCCCAGCCCAGAAUUGGCCAGUGAGGCCGAGGAGGUGAAGGAAAAGGUUUGCCGGCUGAACCAGGAGAUCUGUCGUCUCAAUCAGGAGGUGUCUCAGCUUAGCCGGGAGCUGCGGCAUAUCAUGGGCCUGCUGCAGGCCAGGCUGGGUCCCCCAGGCCACGCAGCAGGCUCCGCUUGGACCCCAGACCCUCCUUGUCCGCAGCUGAGGCCACCAUGCCUCUCCCCUUGUGCAUCCAGAUCACCACCCAGCCUCCAGGAUACUACACUUGCUGAAGUUCACCCCCCAGCCAGUAUGGGGACCAUGGAGACAGGGACUGAGUCCCUGGACUCGAGACCUUCCCUAUUGCCUCCCUACCCGCCAGAGCCUGACCCUCUGGGACCCUCUCCAAUGCCAGAGGCCUCACCCCCAACCCCAAGCCUCAUGAGGCGCAGUUUCCAGUCCAGGUCAGACAUGUUCCACUGACCCUGGCCCAGGGCCCAGGCCUGCCGGGGGUGGGCGCUGCUGCUCACCAUUCUGGGAGGACCUGGGCCCCUUGGCCUCCUGCCUUGGGGUCAGCAGCCACCAGCUGGCCUGGUUGGCUCUGGAUUUCUGGACUUUUUAACCAAGCCUGGUUACCUCUGAUGCUAUUCCCUUUUCCAAGCCUUCCCCAACCUCCCCCUCUGUGAGGGGAGCCACCUGAGGGCCGUGGAACCCAGCAGGCAUGAGACGAACCGCAGUGCCCAUUGGACUGGGCAGAUGAGAUCCUACUUUCUCCCCAGGACCUGGAGGCAGGCUGUCUCUCAAGCUGGUCUCUGCUGCUGCUAGCAACUCAAAAAUCCUAACAGCACGCCCUGUCCCUCCCCUGACCCCCAGACCUCUGCCAAGCCUGUUCUCCCCCAUGACAACGUGGUCUCACUCAGGGCCUGGACGGCUCCAAAACUCACCCAGGUCUCCAGCUCUCCUCUACCACCCAACAUCUUGGGCUCACUUUUGGAUAGAAAAUAAAGUCUUUAUUUUUGUGGU